AAGAAAAAUAAGCAGACUCUCUCUCUCUCGUUAUCUAAUUUCCUCUACGGGAGAUUCCGCGGACUUUUACCAACGUGGAGAGAAAAAAGAAAAACGCAGUCCACACACACACUGUAGCGAGCGAGAUAGAGAGAGAGAGAAGAGAAAAACAAACUCUGAGGCUCAAAGUUCUGGGGGCGAGAGAAAUCCUCCCAUCGUUUCGAUCGAUCGAUCAUGCCUCCCGGUGCGAAGAAGAGAAAGGCGUUGAAGAAAAAGCAGCAACAGGAAUCGAUUGGAACAAGUACGAAGGAUAAUCUCCACGGAAAUGAUGAACAUGGAAGCCAAGAUGAUAGGGAAAGUGAUAGCACUUUGAGUUCCCCUGGUUCUCAAGGGAAUGAUGAAUUUGGUGUCACAAAAGAUCCAUCUGCUGAGGCUACAUCAUCCGCUUUGGUGGUGAAGGAGACUGCUAAAGAUAUAUCAGAUGUUACUCAGGGUCUAGGACCCAAAAGUGGAAACGUAGCUCCUCUGGAUCCUUGUGUUAAAGAGAUCGCUCCUGCUGUCGAUUCUGUCUCCAAAGUAGUGGUUUUUGAAAAUACUGAGACCUCAACACACUCACAUUUGGUCAAACAGACGUCUGAUGAAGAGAAAAAGUAUCCAUCUACGGGACUGGGAAAGGAUAAUGGUAAGGUGGCUACUCUUCCAGGGUCUGCUGCUGGAACAUGCAGAAAAAUAGAGUGUGUAGGAGAAUCUGAAGCUCCACUAUCCGCUGAGGAAAAGCGUCUUUUGUUGCCUGGUCCACAAGCCGUCCGAACUUCUUGGUUAAGUUGCUGCGGUUUGUUUGAUGCUAUGACAGGAUCUGACAGAUAAACACAGGAGUUAGAUAAGGCUGGACGCUUAUUAUGACAGCCAAAGCUCAAAGACAACUGAAAAAGCAGAACUUACGGUGGUCCGUACUCUUUGUACAUUAUCUUUGAUAGAUAAUAAUGUGGGCGGCUUUUAGCAACAUAGCUCUAUUUUUAUCAGUUCCCACAAUUGUCGUUUAUAUCCUGUGUAUUUCAUUAGAUACAUGUAGAAGUGCGAUCCAUUUCAAGCCUCAAAGUUUGAUUUUA